GGCUCUCACAAGCAACAAAAUUAUUUUUUUAAAGAUCCCGAUUAAGGACUUUAUUAUUUUUUUUAUUUAUUUUUUUUUUUGUCAAAGGUUACAAUUUUGCCAAAUAGAUGAAUAAACAAUUAAACGGAUAUAUAUAGAAGAUUAGCAAUAACAUCGAAUUUUCUUCAGUGGCAAAAUUUUUGAAAUAUCCCAAUAAAGGAUUAAAAUCCAACGACCCCAGAAUCCUUCUAUGAGAUGAAAAAUCAGCCAAAUUGGACUACUGAACUCACAAAUGUUUUCUUUUUAUUGUUGUUUUUUUUUUAUAAAAGGUUUUUUUUUUGUGAUCCUCUUCAUUUUCUUCACCAAUUUCAUUAUCCAAUUUUAUCUAAAAAAAAAACAAAAUGACUUUCCAUAACUACACCAGCAUUAACUUCGUCAAUGGCUACAACCCUACCACUCCUGCCGUAAGAGGAAGACCUAUGCCUUCUACCGAGCCUUCUGUUGGUUCUUCUGUUGGUCCUUCUGCUGUUCCAUCUGGAUCUGCAAACGAACCCUCUGUUGAAACCACUUCUUCUUCUGGACCUGUUCCUACUAAUGAAUCCGUUCCCACUGCCCAGUCAUCUGCAGCCACUGGAUCCGUUCCUGCAACUGGAUCAAUGCCAUCCGCUUCUUCUGGACCUAGUUCAGCCGGUUCUUCUGAUCCUUCAUCUUCUGCUGCUUCUGCUGAGAAUAAUCCUGUUGAUGAGCGUUCUCCUCAGUUGUUCCCUGAGUACAUUGUAAAAGUCGGUGUUACUCGUACACCUCAAGCAAAGUUAAGUCUGACCAAAGCAACAGAGGAUGCUUUCAAUGCCAAUGGCGCCAUCAACGGUAGAAGAGACAUUGCAGCCAUGAAAACCAGAAGAAGCAGCCUUUGCAGUACAUAUCAAACUAGAAGAGAUGCUGCCAAUGCUACUGGAAGAGCUCCUCUUCCAUAUAAGGAAUUUCACGAUUUGAAGGAGCAGGAGAAACUGUGGAUAGCCGAGGUAAUUUUCCUGCUGGAAGUCCGAGGUCGUGCCGGUGUUGAUGAUGAUGAUGAUCAAGAAGAAGAAGGUAGAAGACCUACCCAACGCCCUCGUUAUGUCAAUACCUCGACAUGGUUCAUGGCUGGUCAUUUGGAGGCUUUGGAAGACCAAAACCGAAAGGAAAGAGCACGAGACCGUGAAAUUGCCAACGAGCGUAGGGCUGUCGAUGUGGCACAUAUGGACCGUGUGUAUGCCCAUACCAUUGAUAGAGAUGUCUUUGACCGGGGUAUCUUGCGUGAUACAAUGGUUUUGAGACGUCAAAAUUCUGGAUGGCAAAGAGACGCAAGCUUGGCCAUAAACCGCAUGGUGGAUUUGUUUGCUUCUUCUCUCCCUCGUCCCGCUCCUUCUCCAACGCCUGCUCCUUCGCCCACUUCCGUUCCUUCGCCCACUUCUACCCCUUCUCCCACGUCUGCUUCUUCUCCCCCUCCCCCUCCUAACAAUUCCCCUCCUGCCGCUGAUCCUUCAUUUCUAACACCUUCAGUUCUAUGUGUCAUCAAUUCAUUAAAUACAUUAGGUGCUUUCAAGAUCGGAAACGGAAUAUAUAUAGCCCAUUUUUUAUACAAAAAUACUAAUAACAAUGCCCCCAACAACGUUCGUGGUCGGGGACGCGGUCGUGGAAAUGGACGUGGAGGCAGACGUGGACGUGGCAGACGCGCUGGCACUUUUGUGUUUGUUGUCGAUCCUACCGUUCAGCAAAACACCAUUCCUGUUAACAACGGCAGCACCGAAGCUGACAGUAACGCCAACGUUGAUGAUGACGAUGAGCCCGAACAAUUAUCUUCACGGUCCUACAAUGUAUGGCCUGAUGUAGCUAUCUGUAUCCUCCUCGAAAUUAUGGCUGGUACCUACAGCUACUUGCUGAGAAGAAGCGAUACUGCUUUAAAGCAGCUUAUCUGGGUGCAUUCGGCUGCUUUGCUGAAGGAAAAGUUAGCUGAAAAUGCUACCACCGAUGUAAUCACGGCUUUUUGGACAAACUUUAGUGAGACAAGCAUGCAAAGAAAGUGGGCAGACAUGAAGCAGCGUUUUACCAGAGUAAGAAAUGCAGCAAGAGAAACCGGAGUUGGUGGAACUGUUCCAAACAUGCCGUACUACGAGGAAAUUGCUAAGAUUACUCAGGAUGAUCCAAGCAUCCAACCUGAAAUUCGAAGGCCCCGAAACAACUUACUUGGGACCUACAGACGUUGA